AUGCCAGAGCUUAUUCUGGAUGAUAUUUCUGCAGUUGUGCAAAUUAUCCUGCAAGGAAGCGAUGCCUUCACCAAAGCUCCUCAAGAACAGCGUGAGAUCCAAGUUACUCGGAUUGCCGAGGCUUCAAAUCGCUCUUUCCUGUGGGCUAAACUGGCUUCGAAACAACUUCGGGACGAGGCCCCGUCCAACACGCAGGCUCUGGUAAAGGCGGUUAACAAUAUUGUCAGUAGAAAGCCCACGAUAAAAGACAUCAUUCAUCGCACUCUGCAUUCGAAUGUGACCCAAGAAGCCAUAAGACUCGUCGUUUGGCUUGCCACGGCUUGUCGGCCGCUACAGGUACAGGAAUUGUCUGCUCUCCUCUCCAUUCAGCAAGACAAACAAAAGAUCAUAGAGCAGGACAGGGAAAGCCCACUUCAGAUUUUGAAGCCUGUGGCGUCUUUAGUCUUUACUCAAAACAAUUUGGUGUUCCUGCGGCACGACAGAAUCCGCGACUCAAUCUUGGAGAUCUUCAACCAUGGCAAUAUCCUUCUUUCAAUCAAGAACACAAACCUCGAUCUAGCCCAGCGAUUAUUGCUCUAUGCAAAGCUUGCAGUUCCAGAGAGCCGUGAGCUAGCCUUGGAGCCAUUGGAAUCGAGUUUCACCCGCGACCUCAUUGAAAGGCAUCCUUUGUUUGACUUGGGGGUUGACUCCACUUUCUUGACGAUAUCAGGAGGUAACAGACUUCCCAGCAGGCAGAUGAGUAACUAA